AGUCUUCAGUACGGCAACAGCACUGCAAGGGCUGACCAGCGUGGCCCCGAAACUGCUGCAACGAUGAAAUGCGCUCACCUGCACAACAUCGUGCAGCUCUCGCUGGUGGAGUUGUGCAAGCUGAAAAAGGAUGAAUCGUGUACGGAUUGCGAAACCAAUGGACCAAACCUGUGGAUAUGCCUGCAAAAGAACUGUCUCCAUAUUGGAUGCUCGGAACAGUACAAGGAUCACAGCACCAUUCACUUCCAAUCGAACCGCACACACUGUAUCCAUAUGAACCUUUCCUCCCAACGGGUCUGGUGUUAUCUAUGUGAGUCCGAACUGUUCAUUACCAAGCAGCAACCUCACCCUCACCAGCAGCAGCAACAGCAACAACAACACUAUCACCACUAUCACCACCAUCGACGAACGUCGGUUGUGAGCAACGAUUCGAGCGAAACGAGUCGCUACUCGUCCGUUAACAAUGACAAGUUGAUCGUACACGAGGACAAGCUAGUGUCGGGUGCCAUAGCGACUGGAAAUGCUGCUGGCUACGGUAGUGGUGGGGGUGGCACAACGACUGGUGAUUCCUGUGAUAGUAGCGGCGAGGAGGAUGACUUCGAACGGCAUGGCAAAUGGAACGGGUUGGUCGGAUUACAAAAUCUUGCCAACACGUGCUACAUGAAUGCGGCCCUGCAAGCACUCAGCAAUAGUCCCCCACUGACCGGAUACUUCUUGGACUGUGGUGCUAUUCUGGAGACGGAUCUGCUCGGCGGUUCAAACCCGUCCGUCGCAAAGCCUGGCCUGGCAAAGCACUAUCACAAACUAAUCCGUGAGAUGUGGUGUAAAAAUCGCCGUUACGUCGUACCCAGUGGCAUUCUGUGUGGAAUCCGUAUUGUGCAUCCAAUGUUCCGUGGAUAUCAGCAGCACGAUACGCAAGAAUUUUUACGCUGCUUUAUGGAUCAAUUGCACGAAGAGCUGAAGGAAGUGACGGCUCCUCCUCCACCGGAUGUGGUACUAUCGCGCGGGCCAACUGAUGAGUUUGAUGACCAUUCCGACGGCCGGCCUUCACCCUGCUCCUCACCCUCCCCGUCACAAUCCGAGGGAGAAUAUGAAACGUGUGACAGUGGUGUAUCGGAACGUUCGAGCCUUUCGGACGACCAGCUAUCGCCGACCAAGCUAUCCGGUAGUAAACGAUUCCGCAAACUUUCAUCUCGUUCGCCAAGCCCACCCGGAUCCGGGCUCGGUGAGGUACCGGGCUCGGUAAACCAAAGAAUGGUCCCGGCAGCUGUUCGAACCCCUCGGUCCAGCUUUGUCCGGCAUCAAUCGCCCGUUGGAAGCGACAAUCGUUCAAAUGCAAGCACCGUUUCCGCGGCAAGUGUAGUUAUCGGUACAUCCGGGAGCCCGGGUGGCGGAGGUGGAAGCGGUGACCCGUCGGAUGGUGGCAGCACAAAGGAAAAAUUGCCGCAACGGUCGAUCAUUAGCGAUAUAUUCGAUGGAAAGCUACUUUCAUCGGUGCAAUGUCUUACGUGCGAUCGUGUAUCGACACGGGAGGAAACAUUCCAAGAUCUUUCGUUGCCAAUACCGGGGAAAGAUCAUCUGGCGGUGCUGCACCAAACACACCCAGGCAUGGGCUCGUCGGGUUCGGGUUCGAGCGUUUCGUCCAAUGCGGGUGGUGGCGGUGUUGGUAGUGGUGCAAGCGGUGCAGGAUCCGGAUCUGGAAGUGGUGGAAGUUCGAGCGGCGGCAUUACCUGCUCGGAUGCUGUUUACCCGGUGAACGGUGACAGUUGGCUGUGGUGGUUCUGGAACUCACCGUUCUGGAGUUGGGUACGGUCGUGGUUUUGGGGACCGGCCGUUACGCUGCACGACUGUAUGGCGGCAUUUUUUAGUGCGGACGAGUUGAAGGGUGACAAUAUGUACAGCUGCGAAAGGUGCAACAAACUGCGCAACGGUGUAAAGUAUUCGCGUGUGCUGGCGCUGCCGGAGAUGCUUUGCGUGCAUUUGAAGCGUUUCCGACACGACCUGUCGUACAGUUCGAAAAUUUCUAGCCCGGUCCUCUUUCCGCUGUACGGGCUCGAUAUGAGACCGUAUCUGCAUAAGGAUUGUAGAUCAGAGGUGACCAUGUACGAUCUGUGUGCGGUUAUCUGUCACCAUGGAACGGUUGGAGGAGGACACUAUACAAGCUUCGCGAAGCAUGAACCAACCGGCAAAUGGUUCGAGUUUGACGAUCAGCUUGUGACGCAAGUUACGCCGGAACAUGUGCAAAGCUGCGAAGCGUACGUGCUGUUCUAUCGGAAGAAUAACGCGAAGAUGGCUACGGUACGGGCACAGGCGAGCAAUUUGCUGACGAUGCAGGAACAUGCGUCCGACAUUCGAUUUUACGUGUCGCGCAACUGGCUUCAUCGAUUCAAUACAUUCGCCGAACCGGGGCCGAUCGAUAACUGGACGCUGCUGUGCCCGCAUGGUGCCUUCCCACCGAACAAAGCGUCCCACUUCUCGAAGCUGGUCGUGCCAUUCCCGCAAGCACUGUGGGACUUUUUGUACAAAAAAUUCGGUGGUGGACCGGUGUGCAAUCACAUCUUUCCGUGUCAUAUAUGCAAGAAGGCAGCAGAAACACUGUCUCGGCGGCAACAUUACGAGCUGGAAACAUUUACCGCAUACAAUGACGAUUUUAUGGUCGCUAUGAUGGUCGAGGUCAACGAUAAACCCACCACAAUCUACGCAAUUUCCAUGGCCUGGUUUCGACAGUGGCAACUGUUUGCCCGCGGUCUUACGAACGAAGAUCCUGGACCAAUCCAAAACAAAUCGAUUGCCAUACAGGGCGACACCAGUGUGCCACUGCGAAGUGUUCGUCCAUUUUCGGAUUAUGCGCAGAUAAACGCGAACCUGUGGCACUUUUUCCACGGUAUCUACGGCGGUGGUCCGGAAAUUGUUUUGCAGGGCAAUCCGGUUCCGCCGCCAGUAACGCAGCAGCAGCCACCCGCUGCCCAACAGGAGGAGCAAGCAAAACAGCAACAACAGCAACCAAAGGAACAGGUCUCCGAAUCUAUGGAUGUUUCAGAAGAGGGAUAUUCAGCGUCUGAAAUUGUAGCACGAUCGACCACCGUUGCCAAGCAAACGGAUCAAGAUUCAGCAAUCGAAGUAACCAUAAGUGAGUCGUUACCACCACCACAACCACAGCAGCAUACGGAUGCGGCAAGUGCUUCUGCGAUAGCAGGAACGUCAAGUGCACGGCCACAGAAAAGCGUUUCAUUUGAAGAUACUGAUGCGUAUUAUGAUGAGGACACCAGCAAUGACGAGCUGGCGGGUGAGAAUAGUCAUAGCUCCACAAAGCAGCAAUCAUUCGCUCAUGGUUUUAAGCGAAAGACACACACAAAGACAGGCACGGGUUCAUCGCGCCGUCAUGAGAGUGGCGGAAAAUCAUCGGAAGCCUCUGAAUCAUCACUACCAACGGGAUUCAAACGCAAGCAACAACAUUCUGCAAGCGUUAAGCAUUCGGCGGACGUAAUACCUGCACCGAUGAUGAAUGGUGAUUGUGUCGGUGUCAACACGGCAACAGCUGCUGUAAGUGCCGCUGUACGUGGAGUGGAGCAUCUGGAGAUAGGCACCAAAAAAGAUCGACGACAUCGGGCUAGCUUUAUGAAGGCGAACGGAUUCUUUGGUCCUGAAGGCAAAUAUCAAAGCUCAUCAAAUGACUACAAUAACGGUGCAGAAGACGCUAUCGUCAUCGACACCAACUCGACACUUCCUCGGAUAGAAUCAUUAUCCUUUCACUCGAUCUCGGGUUCUACCGCUGCUGGCGUAAAUGGAGCCGGACGCUCCAUUUCCAACUCAUUCUCUGUUCCCACUUUUUCCGGACAAUCGACACUAGCUAGCAAUGUCAGCAAAAUGUCUGUCGAUGAGCUAACGUCAUUGCUGUCCAUAUCCCAACCGACCACGGAUCCGACGGACAGAACCAAUAGCAGCAGCAGUACAAAUCGGCAUGGUGAAGCAGCCGAGUUACACGAGGAUGACAAUGAUAGUAAAACUGGCAGCAGUUCGUUACCCUCGUCUACUACCAGUGCCAAAAUGGCGUCUCGCAAGGGACACCAUCGUCAUGCGGCGAAUGCCGGUAGCAACGGUUCGGACGCACUGGCCGGUUCCAUGACCGAGAAGAUUGCCGGUGGAAUGUCACUCGGCCGGAGGAAGCUAAAGAUUAAGUACAUGAAAAAGUUGGCCGGCCGCAAAUCGGGCAACAGUGGUGGUGGACGUGGACGAAACGGGACGUUAAAUGACGGGGUGGAUGGUGCCGACGAUGGUGGUGGUUCGGCGAUGGUAACGAUGAAUGGUGUUAGUGAGCAUGUCGUCGGUGGUGGUGAGGGAGAAGGUGUGAAAUGAGAACGGUUGCGUCGUUUCCGCUUUCCAUCGCUACGAUGAAGCGAGA